AUGGCUGCGGUGAGUCGGGGCGUGAAGGGCCUGGUGGCCGUCAUCACCGGGGGCGCCUCGGGCCUCGGUCUGGCCACGGCGGAGCGGCUGGUGGGACAGGGGGCCAGUGCCGUGCUGCUGGACAUGCCCGGCUCCAGCGGGGAGGAGCAGGCCCGGCGGCUAGGGAAGAGCUGCGCCUUCGCCCCAACCGACGUGACCUCGGAGGAGGACGUGCGCGCGGCUCUGGCUUUAGCGAAAGGAAAGUUUGGCCGCGUGGACGUGGCCGUCAAUUGUGUGGGCAUCGCGGUGGCCCUCCAGACCUACGACCUGAAGAGCAGGCAGGCCCACCCCUUGGAGGACUUCCGACGAGUGAUCAACGUGAAUCUCAUCGGCACCUUCAACGUGAUCCGCCUCGUGGCCUGGGAGAUGGGCCUGAACGCACCAGACCGGGGAGGCCAGCGAGGGGUCAUCAUCAACACGGCCAGCGUGGCCGCCUUCGAGGGCCAGGUGGGCCAGGCGGCAUACUCCGCUUCCAAGGCGGGCGUGGCGGGCAUGACGCUGCCCAUUGCCCGGGACCUGGCGCCCCUGGGCAUCCGCGUCAUAACCAUCGCUCCCGGCCUGUUUGGCACCCCGCUGAUGACCACCCUCCCCGAGGAAGUGUGCAACUACCUGGCCAACCAGGUGCCCUUCCCCCGCCGCCUGGGCCACCCUGCUGAGUACGCGCACCUGGUACAGUGCAUCAUCGAGAACCGGUUCAUCAACGGAGAGGUCAUCCGGCUGGAUGGGGCCAUCCGCAUGCAGCCUUGA